UUCAAGGACCCAACGAAUUCCGAAGCCAAACACUUCGUGGGAAACUCGUUUCCCAUCGUCCUCCCUUCUCUUCUCUCUCCACUGUCAGGCGCGGGCCUGUGUCGUCCCUCUUCCCUCCACGACCCAGCUGCCCUCUGCAAACCCUAGAGGCCCUAACCUCAGAGAGAGUGAGGCAGAGAGAGAGAGGAAGAGAUGGCCGCGACCGUGUCGGUGGCCGCGGAAUGGCAGCUCCUCUACAAUCGGUACUACCGGAAGCCGGAGCUGUAUUCCAUGUGCUGGCAGAAGAUGGAUCUCGGGCGCCACCGCGUCGCCUGCGCCCGCUUCGGCGGACCCAUCGCCGCGAUCCGCGACGACUCGAAGAUCGUUCAGCUCUUUGCGGAGUCGGCCCGGCGGAAGCUUCUCAUCUUCAAUUCCGCCGGGAUCCUUCUCGCUUCCGCUAUCUGGGACCAUCCCGGCGGCCGUCUCGUCGGUAUGGGUUGGACGGACGAGGAGUCACUUGUCUGUGUCGUCCAAGAUGGAUCCGUCUAUCGCUACGAUAUUCACGCCCACCCGAUCGAGCCCCACUUAUCGUUGGGGAUUGAUGCGGCCGACGAGAAUGUCGUGGAGUGCAUCUUCUGGGGCAAUGGAAUUGCCUGCCUCACCGAUGCCGCACGUGUCUUCUGCAUUCCCGAUUUGAAGAGCCCCCGGCCGUGCCGGCUGUGUGAAGCCGGACUCGUGCCCGGGGACAUGCCACUGUGCGCGGCGGUGAUCGAGCCCCAGUACACAAUGUCUGGGAACGUUGAGGUGCUGCUUGCUGUUGGCGACGGCGUGGUGGUGGUGGAGGAGGAGACGGCACAGAGGCAGGGCGAUGGAAUCGGGCCGCUGCAGAAGAUGGCGGUCUCGCCGAACGGGAAGUUCCUUGCAUCGUUCACGCAUGACGGACGGCUUCUUGUCAUCUCCACGGACUUCUCCAGAGUUCUCUUCGAAUUCAAUUGCGAGUCUGCUUUGCCCCCUGAACAACUUGCAUGGUGUGGAAUGGACAGCGUGCUGCUUUAUUGGGAUGACCUGCUCAUGAUGGUUGGUCCAUAUGGGGAUGCAGUGAGAUACACAUACGAUGAGCCUAUUAUUCUGAUUCCUGAGUGUGAUGGUGUGCGGAUCCUCUCAAACACAAGCAUGGAGUUUCUACAGCGAGUUCCUGACUCCACUGUCUCUAUAUUUAAAAUUGGAAGCACGGUACCGGCUGCCUUGUUAUACGAUGCGUUGGAUCACUUUGAUAGACGUAGUGCAAAGGCAGAUGAAAACCUCAGGUUGAUUCGUUCCUCCCUGCCAGAGGCAGUUGAAGCAUGUAUUGAUGCUGCUGGCCGUGAAUUUGAUAUUUCACGCCAGCGGACACUUCUUCGAGCUGCAAGCUAUGGUCAGGCCUUCUGCAGCCAGCUUCAACGUGAUCGCUUUCGGGAAAUGUGCAAAACUCUACGGGUACUAAAUGCUGUGCGCAACCAUGAGACUGGUAUUCCUCUAAGCAUUCAGCAAUACAAGGUGCUUACACCACCAGUUCUGGUUGCCCGUUUAAUAAAUGCACAUAGGCAUCUUCUGGCAUUAAGGAUCUCAGAGUAUCUUGGUUUGAGCCAGGAGGUGGUCAUAAUGCACUGGGCAUGUGCUAAGAUAACUGCUUCCUUGGCUACUCCUGAUGCUUCUCUUCUUGAGAUGCUGCUGGAUAAGAUGUCCCUAUGCAAGGGAAUUUCUUAUGCUGCUGUUGCUGCUCACGCAGAUCGCACUGGGCGACGGAAGUUAGCAGCUAUGCUUGUUGAACAUGAACCACGCUCCUCUGAGCAGGUUCCGCUAUUGUUAAGCAUGGGAGAAGAGGAUCGAGCCUUGACAAAGGCAACAGAAAGUGGUGACACUGAUCUGGUUUAUCUUGUUCUCUUCCAUAUCUGGAAAAAGAUAGAGGAGAAGGAUCCAUUGGAGUUUUUCACAAUGAUACAGUCAAGAUCUUUGGCACGUGAUCUGUUUGUAGCUUAUUCAAGGUACUACAAGCAUGAGUUUCUGAAGGAUUUCUAUCUAGCAGCUGGACAAUUUCAUGAUGUGGCUUUUUUGCUGUGGAGAGAGUCAUGGGAGGUAGGGAAGAACCCAUUGGCAAGCAAGGGUUCUCCCCUUUAUGGCCCACGUAUAAAGCUUAUUGAGCAAGCUCAGAAAAUGUUCUUGGAAACAAAAGAGCAUCCUUUUGAGGCAAAGGCUGCAGAGGAACAUGCAAAAUUGUUGAGGUUGCAACAUGAGCUAGAGGUGACCACAAAGCAGGCUGUAUUUGUUGAUUCUAGCGUCAGUGAUACAAUACGUACUUGUAUUGUCCUUGGUAAUCAUCGAGCUGCAAUGAGAGUGAGGACAGAAUUUAAGGUAUCGGAGAAGCGCUGGUAUUGGCUUAAAGUUUUUGCAUUGGCUACAAUAAGAGACUGGGAUGCUCUUGAAAAGUUUUCCAAAGAGAAAAGGCCACCAAUAGGUUACAAGCCUUUUGUGGAAGCAUGUAUUGAUGCAGAAGAGAAAAAUGAAGCCCUCAAGUACAUACCAAAGCUGGCUGAUCCUCGGGAGAAAGCUGAAGCAUACGCUCGCAUUGGCAUGGCUAAGGAAGCUGCAGAAGCUGCAUCGCAGACAAAAGAUGGUGAGUUGCUUGGCCGCUUGAAGUCAACAUUUUCUCAAAAUACGGCAGCAACUGCAAUUUUUGACACGAUACGAGAACGAUUAUCACUCCAAGGGGUUUCUUAGCUUUUGAUUUUGGUUUGUUCUUGUGUACUAUCUUUGUUGAACGAGAGAAGAUUUUUUUCGUUUCUUUUCCUUUUUAUAAUAUCUUUGUUGUAAGAAAAACGCAAAAGGAAAUUCUUCUGCCUUCUCUGGUACGUUUUUGGUAUCCCCUACUUGAAUCAUGCCCUCAGGCUUGUAUAUUGUAAAAAUGCUGAAUAAAUUAAAUGGCUUGAAAAGGAAAGCUUGUUUCAUGAGAA